AUGUUCUACAAACUAGAGCUCCAGAAAAUCAUCAAGGUGGAACCUCAUCUGCUUGAGCGGACACUGAACCGUCACCUCGCUAGGUACCUUCGUAAUGCUGUGGAAGGCCACCCGCUGCAGAUGCCUCUUGUCAAGGGUAGCAACGGCGAGGUGAGCCGCAUGGAUCAGAGCUCUUCUGCGGUUAUCAUCGCAGUGCUUGACAUCCUCAACACAGAGACACUGGAAGGGAGGGUGCUUGACGACGGUAGCGUCUCAUUCUUGCUACAGUACGAGGCCCUUGUGUUUAAACUGCACAGAGGUGAGGUGGUGGAUUUGAUGGUUGGCAGCGUGGAGCGCGAGGGCUGGUGGGGAGACAUGAUGGGAGUGGGGAGAAUGUACAUCAGCCGUGGGCAGAUGGGCAGCGAGUGGGUGUACGAGAACGAUGGCGUCGAGGGCAUCUGGAUCACAAAAGACGGUUCGCGGUCUGUAAAAGCCGGUGAAAUUGUGCGCGUGCGCGUCGUCGCGGAAACACCGCAGUCGGAGGGCGUGGUGGCCAUUGGUAGCAUGAUCGGGAAGCACCUGGGCCCAUUGUAA